GCCCAGCCUUAUGUGCUCCAAUGCUCGAACCUUCCUGCAUCUACACGAUGGUUCUUAGUUGUUUCUUCUUACCCAUUCUGACUCAUUCCGAGGUUAUAUAACUUGAGAACCUUCUUCAGCAUGAAGUAAUAUCCUUAUUAUCCCCACCAUCAAGCCCCAGCCAAACUAGACCUCUCUCGGCCACUUGGAAAAUCAUCUACCCCACCUCCAUCAUGGCGUUGAAGGCAAUUGUAUUCCUCUCGCGCAGCCCCCAAGUCACCCCGCAAGAGUUCAAAGACUACUACGAAAACCAUCACAUGCCUCUUGCCAAAGAAAUCGCCGGCAGCUCCUUCCCCACCCUCCACCAGCGCUGGUACCUCGUCCGACACCCCCAGGAUUUAACCUCCACCGAUCCAUCGAACACCAAUUACCUCGCCAAGGUGUAUGCAGGUCAGGUGGACGACUUUCCGUGGGAUGUGUGCGUCGAAAUGAUCUUCGAAGAUAUGCAGCACUGGGGCGCAUUUCAGGCUCAGCUGGCUGAACAGGGGGACCGGAUUGCAGAGGAUGAAAAAAAGUUCAUGAAUCGCAGCAAGGUGUAUGUGGCUGAGAUUGAAGGGCCAUUUGUGUCGACGCCUUGAGGGUUGUAACAGGCGAUUGGUGGGUAAGAGGGCGAGGUGAAUGAAUUUUUUGUUCAAGUGGUGAUUGUGCCGCAUCAAUCUAGUCUUGUGCAUGCUUUGCCCUACCUCUUAGUUUUCACUAUGGAGGGGGGGGGGUUUUUUCCUUUCUUUUCUUUUUUUUUUU